AAAAGGUGCAUUCGUCAAGAUCUUUUUGUCGGGCCCGGCCAACUGUGCCAAGGAGCGGAAGGAUCACAACCGUGUCUCUCUGAACACAGCCCCCCGAUACGCGGUCGGCACCUGCAUUUGGACUUUGCUGUUUGGGUUGGAGGGCAGGCUGGGACUGGCUUAUUGACAUGGGCUGCGCACAUUUCGGAUCUUUUCAAAUUCUCGUUG